ACACACCUACAUCCCGAAUGAGCCAGAUUUUCUGCGCCUCCCAAAAGAGACAGAGAUUGUAACUCCAUCUCUGUGUCCCGAACUGAGGAGAUAAACGUAGUGAGGACACUCCCUUCUUCCGAAGUGGAAAGGAGGCCCCGGUGGCCUAACAGGAAAAGGGGACUACAGUCAGGACACAUCUAUGGGGAGGAAGCUGUAGUCGUUACACUCCUCUGAGUCUAGGAAGGAAGUCAAAACUGGUCGCCUUCGUGGCCUGAAGGUGGAGGGGGUUGCAGGGAAAUGCUUCCCAGGCUCAGCGCUGGGCGGGGCUUACCCUCGAGGGUGUCGGCGAUUUGAGAAGCCGGCCUCUGUAGCGAGAAAAGUGGGGUCUAAAAGUUGGUUUUAAUUGGUUGCCCACAGGAUUGACUUGGCCUCUACUUCUUGUUAAGAAAAUACAUCUCUUGUUUUAUCAGGUGUGUGUGGUUUCAGCGCAGCAUGGCUGUGGUCAUCCGUUUGCAAGGUCUCCCAAUUGUGGCGGGGACCAUGGACAUUCGCCACUUCUUCUCUGGAUUGACCAUCCCUGAUGGGGGCGUGCAUAUUGUAGGGGGUGAACUGGGUGAGGCUUUCAUCGUUUUUGCCACUGAUGAAGAUGCAAGGCUUGGUAUGAUGCGCACAGGUGGUACAAUUAAAGGGUCAAAAGUAACACUUUUGUUGAGUAGUAAAACGGAAAUGCAGAAUAUGAUUGAACUGAGUCGUAGGCGUUUUGAAACUGCCAACUUAGAUAUACCACCAGCAAAUGCUAGUAGAUCAGGACCGCCACCUAGCUCAGGAAUGGGUGGCAGGGUAAACUUGCCUACAACAGUACCUAACUUUAAUAAUCCUUCACCCAGUGUAGUUACUGCUGCUACAUCGGUUCAUGAAAGCAACAAAAACAUACAGACAUUUUCCACAGCCAGCAUAGGAACGGCUCCUCCAAAUAUGGGGGCUUCUUUUGGGAGCCCAACGUUUAGCUCAACCAUUCCAAGCACAGCGUCUCCAAUGAACACAGUCCCACCACCACCAAUUCCUCCAAUCCCAGCGAUGCCAUCUUUGCCACCAAUGCCGUCCAUUCCCCCAAUACCAGUCCCUCCUCCGGUACCUACAUUGCCUCCUGUGCCUCCUGUGCCCCCAAUCCCCCCAGUCCCUUCUGUGCCACCCAUGACCCCACUGCCACCCAUGUCAGGCAUGCCACCCUUGAACCCACCACCUGUGGCCCCUCUACCUGCUGGAAUGAAUGGCUCUGGAGCACCUAUGAAUCUGAACAAUAACCUGAACCCUGUGUUUCUGGGUCCAUUGAAUCCUGUUAACCCUAUCCAGAUGAACUCUCAAAGCAGUGUGAAACCACUUCCCAUCAACCCCGAUGAUCUGUAUGUCAGUGUACAUGGUAUGCCCUUUUCUGCAAUGGAAAAUGAUGUCAGAGAUUUUUUCCAUGGGCUCCGUGUUGAUGCAGUGCAUUUGUUGAAAGAUCAUGUAGGUCGAAAUAAUGGGAACGGAUUGGUUAAAUUUCUCUCCCCUCAAGAUACAUUUGAAGCUUUGAAAAGAAACAGAAUGCUGAUGAUUCAACGCUAUGUGGAAGUUAGUCCUGCCACAGAGAGACAGUGGGUAGCUGCUGGAGGCCAUAUCACUUUUAAGCAAAGUAUAGGACCUUCUGGACAAACCCAUCCCCCACCUCAGACACUUCCCAGGUCAAAAUCGCCCAGUGGGCAGAAAAGGUCGAGGUCAAGAUCACCACAUGAGGCUGGUUUUUGUGUUUACUUGAAAGGGCUACCAUUUGAAGCAGAAAACAAACAUGUCAUUGAUUUUUUUAAAAAGUUGGAUAUUGUGGAAGAUAGUAUUUAUAUCGCUUAUGGACCCAAUGGGAAAGCAACUGGUGAAGGCUUCGUAGAAUUCAGAAAUGAGGCUGACUAUAAGGCUGCUCUGUGUCGUCAUAAACAAUACAUGGGCAAUCGCUUUAUUCAAGUUCAUCCAAUUACUAAGAAAGGCAUGCUAGAAAAGAUAGAUAUGAUUCGUAAAAGACUGCAGAACUUCAGCUAUGACCAGAGGGAAAUGAUGUUAAAUCCGGAGGGGGAUGUCAGCUCUGCCAAAGUCUGUGCUCACAUAACAAAUAUUCCAUUCAGCAUUACCAAGAUGGAUGUUCUUCAGUUCCUAGAAGGAAUCCCAGUGGAUGAAAAUGCUGUACAUGUUCUUGUUGAUAACAAUGGGCAAGGUCUAGGACAGGCAUUGGUUCAGUUUAAAAAUGAAGAUGAUGCACGUAAGUCUGAACGCUUACACCGUAAAAAACUUAACGGGAGAGAAGCUUUUGUUCAUGUAGUUACUCUAGAAGAUAUGAGAGAAAUUGAGAAAAAUCCCCCUGCCCAAGGAAAAAAAGGGUUAAAGAUACCUGUGCCAGGUAAUCCUGCAGUUCCAGGAGUGCCCAGUGUGGGAAUGCCCAGUGCGGGAAUGCCCAAUGCGGGAAUGCCCAAUGCGGGAAUGCCCAGUACAGGAAUGCCCGGUACAGGAAUGCCCGGUGCGGGAAUGCCUGGUACAGGAAUGCCCGGUGCCGGAAUGCCUGGUGCCGGAAUGCCCGGUGCCGGAAUGCCUGGUGCGGGAAUGCCCGGUGGAGGAAUGCCUGGUGCAGGAGGUGAAGAACAUGCCUUCCUGACUGUAGGAUCUAAGGAGGCCAACAAUGGGCCUCCAUUUAACUUUCCUGGUAAUUUUGGCGGGUCGAAUGCCUUUGGGCCACCACUCCCUCCUCCAGGAUUAGGAGGGGCCUUUGGUGAUGCUAGGCCUGGUAUGCCUUCAGUUGGAAAUAGUGGUUUGCCUGGUCUAGGACUGGAUGUUCCAGGUUUUGGAGGUGGACCAAAUAAUUUAAGUGGGCCAGGAUUUGCAGGAGGCCCUCAGAAUUUUGGAAAUGGCCCUGGUAGUUUAGGUGGCCCCCCAGGUUUUGGAAGUGGCCCUCCUGGUCUUGGAAGUGCACCUGGGCAUUUGAGUGGGCCGCCAGCCUUUGGGCCUGGCCCUGGGCCUGGGCCUGGCCCAAUUCACAUUGGUGGACCCCCUGGCUUUGGAUCUAGUUCUGGAAAACCAGGACCAACAGUAAUUAAAGUGCAGAAUAUGCCCUUUACUGUGUCUAUUGAUGAGAUUUUAGAUUUCUUUUAUGGCUAUCAAGUGAUCCCAGGCUCAGUGUGUUUAAAAUACAAUGAAAAAGGUAUGCCCACAGGCGAAGCCAUGGUGGCCUUUGAAUCUCGGGAUGAAGCCACAGCUGCUGUCAUUGACUUAAAUGACAGACCUAUAGGCUCAAGGAAAGUAAAACUUGUCUUAGGGUAGCUGUUCACAUCAAUUCUUUAUAGGGUAGAUCUUCAUAGUGCUGUGAUUAAUGCAUCCAGAUUGUUUUCCUAGUAUUUCCAGGUUAGAACCUGUGGAUUGUUUCAAUUGCAUAUAGAUUGGUUUCUAUAACAUAGAGCAUUGGUUGACUGUUUACAGAAGAUUCACUACCAGUAUAAAUAUUGCUGUAUGUUACAGUAAAGCUAUCUGGAGAGAACACAAAAAUGAUUUUGGCAUACCAUUAGAGAAACCAUUUGUAAAACACAAAUGACCAUAUAAAGCUUAUCAAGGAGUCUCUAGAUUGGUUUUGUUUUAUAUCAUAUGAGAUGAAGAAAAUAGAAAUGUCAAUAGAGCUCAUUAAGGGUGCUCUUGCCAGCUGCUGAAAAAUAGAAGUUGGCUACUCUUGGAAUUUGGUUUAAAGCUGGACAGAUUUGCUUUGUUAUAGGGUCAAAGCUUUGUCUAAAGUCCUCAUUUUCUUUUAAAAUUGAAUAAAAUCUCUGUAUACAGAUUCACUGUAUGUACCUUUAUUGCUUCUUGAGGGUUCUUGCUGUAUAGACAGUCCUGCUUCUGAAGUUGCUGCUUUUUUGUUUGCCUAAUUGACUCAUUUGUAAAUGAGCAGAACUGUUCUUGUUGUUGUUGUUUUAAUAUAAAACUCCACACUUGGUUUGUGCUAUAACCUUGAACUUUGAUUUCUAAUGUCACACUUAAAACUGUGUGAAAUAAGUACUUUUGCCACAAAAAUAAAAUAUGGAGUCCUCUACCUACCAGAGCCUUUUUGGUUUGACCGCCACGUUUUAGUUUAGUCAGUUUAAAAAUUGUUCAUGUUGUUUGGAUGGCAUCAAAAACCCGAAACCACUUGUAAUAAUCAUUGCUUAAGAUGCUGGAUUUGAAGUCCUCUCCAUGAUGGACUGAUAUUCUGGCAAUUUUGUUCUGUCCCAAAUUUGUGUGAAAUUUUGGCCUGUAACUAAACAAAGAGGGUCCAUUUAUAAGAAAGAGCAUUAUUAUAUCUAGUUUUGUUUUUUUUUUAACUGAAGUUGAAAUUGUUAGCUUUGUUAGCAAUAGUGUUAUAGAAUAAAAGAUCCAUAAGCGGUUCCAUAGAUGUGCAUUUAAUCCUGUUACUUUGGGGGCUUUUUGGUCUAGUUGUUUGAUCAGGAGCCUAUUUAUAAAAAUUCUUCAUAAGGAGUACAAGUGCAGCUGCCAGAGGGGAGAGAAUUGAGACUCUUUGCCCUUUUCAUACUCUUUUCUUUGGCAUUCAGGACACUAAGGCAGGAGGACCACAUGGGUUCUGGUUGGUAAGUGUCCUUGUCAUGAAAACAUUUGCCUUACAACAUCCUGCUCACUGAUACAAAAGGCUCUACUUAUGGUUACUUUCCUUCUUAGUUAAAAUGUUCUAAAGAUGUGUCACAUUAUAUUAUAAACAUAUGGAAUGGGAGAUUGGUGAGAUAUCAUGAAAAACAAAUUUUGUCUUACUUGGGCCUCUGUCUUGCUUUGAAACAUUCCCAACAUUUCCUGCAAAUCAAUGUACUUACAAAGGGGUCAGCCUUUUAAAAGAAGUAUUUCCUGUUUAAAAAAAAAAAAUAGUGCCUUUUUGGUGUUGCAAGUCAGUGGAACACUGAAAUACAGAGUCUCGUAUAAUUUAGAGUUAAGAGUGGUAACAGUUUCAUUUGUGUGAUAAGAUUUGGAGAGACUUUUCAUCACUACAAUCUUAGAGGAUUGACAGUACAGGAUUUUUUGUUUAGGGAGAGGAUUAUUUAGACUUUCAAAGAAGACAUGGCUGUGUUGUGGGUCUUUUGACAAUUCAUGAAUGCAUAUCCGCUUUGACAGAUCACUAGAUAUUGCCUCCUCAACUAAAAAAGCAAUAUGAUGUUUACAUAUGCUGUUCAAUUUAAGUUUUCUAUUAAGUAAUCAUUUCUCAUUCCAAAGACCAAGUGCAGAAAACUUCAGCGCUGCUUGGGAGUCUUAUUUCAACUGCAGUUUAUUUUCCCCAUUGGAGAGCUGACUAUUUUCAUUUUAGAAAAAUGGGUUGUUUGAAGAUGAAAGCCUUUUAUCUUUUUUCCACAGUUUAUUUUGGUUAUAUGUUCGUACAAUCUUAUUAAAUAUUUCAUAUACUUUAUUGCAACUACUUUGUUAUUUCUACAUCUUAGAUAAAUGCUGAAAAGGAAAACUUGAUUUCAUUGUUCAUCAAAUUAAAUAAAUUAAGAAAAUAGUGGUUUGUGUAGAAAUUGGAGAGAACUGUGUUUCAUAUUUGGUUGAGUCACAACAGUGCUUCUCGUUGUGAAAUGUAAUUAAAUGCUUUGCCCUCUGGAACUUGA